AUGAAAGAAGCUGGCGUGCAGGUUAUCAAUAUGUUCGAACAAACUGAUCGCAUUUUGAAAGCAUAUGCGGCAUCAGAUCCUUUGAAGGUGCUGGGGAUGUUCACCGCAGACAUUCAAGCAGGACCUCGUAAAGCUGAAGCAAAGUUUUACGUCGUCGAAGGUGAUCAACAAUGUUUACUCGGAGAUAAAACGGCUUGCCAAUUGCAGGUAUUAAAAAUUGGAUUUGACAUAGCGGCAGUAAAAGGACCCUCGAACGAAUUCCCUAAAAUGAAAGGAAUUUUAGUUGAAAUCCCAAUUGAUAAAACCGUUCAGCCGGUCCAGCAACCAUAUCGGCGAGCACCCUUUGCAUUGGAAGGAUUGAAAGAACAAAAACUUAGCAUGUUGCUUGAUCAGGAUAUCAUCGAAAGUGUGAAUCAGCCAGCACAAUGGGUGUCCCCGUUAGUUCCAGUUCUUAAGGAUUCGGGAGAGAUCAGACUCUGCAUAGACAUGCGUCGAGCAAACCGUGCAGUGGUGCGUGAGAAGCACCCCUUACCAGUUAUAGAAGAAUUGCUCGGCAGUAUCAACGGAGCCGUAAAGUUUUCAAAACUGGAUAUCAAAGAUGCUUACCACCAAGUAGAGCUUUCCGAGCAUUCCCGCGAGAUAACAACGUUUAUCACCAAGUACGGGUUGUUCAGAUAUAAGAGAUUAAUGUUCGGUAUUUGUUCCGCUCCAGAAUUGUUUCAAAAAGUCAUGGAAACUGUAGUUGCUGGUCUCGAUGGGGUGCUGGUUUAUUUAGAUGAUCUGGUGGUAUUCGGGAGAUCGCAGAAAGAACAUGACAACAGGCUGGAAGCUUUGCUCAAACGACAUGAGCUGUCGGUAAAUGGCAUCAUGCCUACGGAAAGCAGAGUUCGAGCCAUUCAACAAUUCCGUCCCCCGACAUCUGGGGCUGAGCUUCGUAGCUUUCUAGGUUUAGUGACAUAUGUUGGUCGUUUCAUCCCAAAUUUAGCCUCAAAGACCGAUUCACUAAGAAGCCUUUUACGUUCGAGUACCGGCUUAGGAGCGGUACUCCUUCAAGAGAAUAACCGAUGUGAGAAAAGGAUAAUUGCCUUUGCGAGCAAAGCGUUAACAGAUCUUGAAAGGAAAUACUUUCAAACAGAACGCGAAGCACUUGCCCUUGUAUGGGGAGUGGAAAAGUUUCGGUUGUACCUCAUGGGAACAACAUUUAAGUUGAUCACAGAUUGCAAGCCACUACACUUUCUUUUUAGUUGUCGCUCGAAGCCGUGUCCACGCAUUGAACGAUGGGUCUUGCGUGAUCAAUCCUAUCAGUUUGAUGUUAUUUAUGAACCCGGAGCUACGAACUUAGCGGAUGCCCUUUCACGAUUAAGUUUGUCACAACCAAAACCUUUCGACGACGAGGGAGAGUUUUAUAUUAGAUACCUGACAGAAGGAACAAUCCUCCAAGCAAUAACUCUUAAAGAGAUUGAGGAAUACGCAGCAAGGGAUUCUACCUUCAUGGAACUUUUUGCAGUUUUAGAUGGGGGAUCCUGGUCGGAAGCGAUAAAAGGGUAUAAACCCUUCGAAUUAGAACUAAUAAGAUCAGGUGAUUUGCUGCUACGAGGCGAUCGGCUUGUUGUCCCAUGCGCCCUUCGGAAACAGAUAUUGAAUCUAGCGCACGAAUCACACCCUGAAAUCGUUAGUAUGAAGAGACGGCUUCGACAGAAGGUUUGGUGGCCCGGGAUCGAUCGAGAUGUAGAGCAAACGGUGAAAGGCUGCAAAUCUUGUACGAUUGUGUCGGCACUGGACCCUCCUGAGCCUUUAAAACGUACCCAAAUGCCGGAGAGACCGUGGAUUGAUUUGGCAGCAGACUUCGUAGGACCGCUUCCUUCAGGUCACAAUCUAUUAGUGAUUGUUGACUAUUUUACCCGAUUCAUCGAAGUUAUUGUAAUGAAACAAAUCACUGCACCACUAACAGUUAAGGCAUUUCAUGAGACCUUCUGUCGGUUUGGAUUUCCAGAAACUCUAAAAACAGAUAACGGGCCUCAAUUCAUAAGUGGAAAACUAAAACGUUUCUGCGACCAGUACGGUAUUCAACUGAGAAAGACAACUCCGUAUUGGCCGCAAGCUAACGGAGAGGUGGAGCGAAUAAAUGGUAUGAUCAAAAAGCAUCUCAGAAUAAGCCAAGAGGAACAAACGGAUUGGAAGUGGGAUUUAAGAAUGUGCAUAUUAAUGUAUAAUUCAACACCGCACUCCACCACCGGAGUAGCGCCGUCAGUACUGAUGUUUGGACGAAUAUUCAAAGAUAAACUACCUUCGCUUCCUCUAAUCUCGAGAAAGACUGUAGAAGAAGCUCGCGACCGAGAUAAAGAACAAAAAUAUAAAGGAGCAGAAUAUGCCGACCAUCGGAGAAAAGCAAGACCGAGCAACAUGCAAAUUGGAGAUAAAGUAGUGGUGCGCAGGAUGAUAAAAGAUAAUAAGUUAUCAACGAAUUUCAGUUCAGAGGAAUGGGUCAUCAUUGACAGAAAUGGCGCGAAUUUUGUGACCAACGUGUAUUUGUUCCUGCUGUCCAACAAUUCGCUCGUUCAAAGGCAACAAACGGAGGAUAGCGAAUCGCUACCGGAACAAACGCAAAUUCUGCUGAUCGAUCGUGUCAAUUGUGCUUAA